AUGGCUACAGGAAAUUCAAUCAACUCAAACAAAGUUUCAUCUAAUUUUCAUACAGUACCCAUUUGUCCCGAUUUGCCAGAGAUCAAAAAAUAUUACAAAGAUGAAACAUUAAAAGAUCUUCCACCUACUGACUAUUGGAUCAGGAAAAUGGCUAAGAAAGGAGAAGAAACACAUUAUAAAGUGCAACAUGUCAUGGUCAAUGGUCCAUAUACUACGUUAAUUGAGAAUCAUCCAAUUUUCGCUGCGUUUUUAUUUGCAUACAAUUCCCAUGAGGAUAUUGUUCUGUCUCCUGACGAUAUUUGGCUCAUGAUUCGUAUCUACUUCUGCCAAUAUAUCAAUGAUAAUGCUGAAAAGUUACGCGCACUCUUUGUUGAUCAUACUGAUAAGAAAAUAUUGACUAUUGUACAAGUAGGCAUGGCCGAAAUCGAAUGGGACGGAGAUUAUGUGAAUGGUGGAUGGAUUCUUCGUCUUUGUUAUGGACUACGUGAGAGUAAUAUUCAUCAUGUAGCGGAUCUAAAACUUCCAUCGUUGGUUGUUCCUGUUCAAGUAAACAAUGAAGUGACUAAUCAAUCGAAAAUGUGUAACAUUGUCGGGCGCUUUCAUGGAGUUCAAUCAUGUGAUGGACGCCACAAACCCAUGAUGGGAUUUGCCAUUAUAGACGAUUUGCGUACUAUUACACAUUUAAAACUUUCAUAA